CACCCACCUCCACCACUCAUGAACUCGCAGCUUCCUCUCCCGCCCGCCUCCUCCACCCGCCUCCCUCACCCGCCUCCCUCACCCACCUCCUGUCUAGAUUCCUCUCCUUACAUCUCCUCGCUCCUUUCCACGCCCGCUGACCUGCCGCAUGCCGCUGGGCCCCUGGAAGGCACCAAGCAGGGCGGCGCCGGCCACUGUUCUGACCUAAUAGGAUCCCCCACUUGGAGAUUCCUCUCCUUACAGAUCCUCGCUCCUUCCACGCCCGCUGACCUGCCGCAUGCCGCUGGGCCCCUGGAAGGCACCAAGCAGGGCGGCGCCGGCCACUGUUCUGACCUAAUAGGAUCCCCCACUUGGAGGUAAGCGUGCCAGCGUUGCAACCCUUGGUAAUGGAUGCACGUUGGGCGGUGCGGCGACGCUCGCCCUUGCAUGCCAUGAAGGAUCGCUCUGUGUUUGCGGCUUUAACUUCCUUAACAGCACGUCUCUUGCUUGGAUUCACGCUCCUUCAAGCGCACAGGAACCACUCAGCAUGUACGGCGGUGUUCGUUCCU